AUGGACGAUAUCUGGAAAACCUGGCUCGGAUACUUGCUCAGUGUACUGUCUAUGCUGUUAAUGCAAGCUAUCUAUACUGCCCUUUGGCCUCCGAACCGCCAGUCUAAACACCUAUCAGCGCCAACACCAAAAUUGAAGCGAGAGGAGCUGGAAUUUCUCGAGAUUUCGGCUGGAAUAGAUCCAGUUGUUGAUAUCGUUGCGAUACAUGGCUUAGAUGGCCACAGGGAGCUGACCUGGACUGCGGCUAAUGGAACAAUGUGGUUGCGAGAUCUCUUGGCUGCAGACAUUCCCAAUGCACGAGUUCUUAGCUAUGGAUACGACGCCGACACACGUAGCCUGGAGAGUACAUCAACACAGACAAUCUAUCGACACGCCGAAACCUUUAUGAGAGCCCUCGUUCGCCAAAGGACAGGCUCCAAACAGAGGCCGAUUAUCUUCUUGGCACAUAGCCUCGGCGGAAUUAUACUCAAGAAGGCUCUCACUAUUUGUCACAGUAGAAAUAUUGGAUCAAAUGACGGGUUCCGUGACGUACUUGUGUCGACCCAUGCCACGCUAUUCUUUGGAACACCUCAUGCAGGUACCAAGAGUGCCGGUCUCCUUCGGAUGCUGAACCGACUGCUGUCAUUCUAUAUGGAGACAAAUGAUAUAAUACUUCGGGAUCUGGAAGAAAACUCAUCCGUUCUUGAAGACAUUCAGGCUACAUAUCUUUCAGCGAGCGAGGAGGUUACCAAUGUCUACUUUUAUGAAACCUACAGAACAUCCUUGCUUGGAAGAAUAGGAAAUUUUAUUGUACCGUAUUACUCCGCCACCAUUGCUGGGGAGAAGCAAGUGGUUCGACAGGAACUUUUGGCCGACCACGUGCAACUUGUGAAAUACACUAGUGAUAACGAUCCGAACUAUAAAGCGGUCCUCUAUUGUCUCAAGGAAUCCUUUGAAGGUGCAAAUACGGUGGUGGAAGAAAAGUGGGCGCGGGAGCAUGGUUACCGAAGCGUUGCAAAAGGAGAGCUACCAUCACAAAAUCCUAUUCUUCCAAAGCCACUCCUGGCAGUUUCGAGAAAUUAUAUCCAGCGUCCUGAGAUACAGACUUUCAUAACAAGUCAAUUGCUUCCCAAAAGUCCGCCGAUUCGUCAGCCACGCUGUAUUCUUCAUGGCAUGGCCGGUGGCGGGAAAACGCAGCUAGCUUCAUCCUGGAUCAGAACCAACAAAACAAAUUUUACGCGAGUCAUCGUUGUGGAUGGUAGCAGCCAGCAGCGAAUCGAGGCAGACUUGGAGAGAUCUAUCCGUGAAAUUGGCCCCCAGUACAGCAAAUCUACGUGGAAGGACGCGAUUGCUUAUCUCGAUGGCAAGGAUACUGGCUGGCUCCUCUUCUUGGAUAAUGUUGACACUCUAAACCUACCUCUGGCCCAGUAUCUUCCUAACUCUACCCAUGGAUCAAUCUUGAUGACAACGAGGAAUUCGGAAUACUGUGCCUGUGCUCCAAGGGCUCACAAGGAAGUAGGAGAGUUGACAGAAGAACAGGCCCUCGAACUUCUUCACUGUGUCGCCGAAAUAUCACCUUCAUCAAGCGAUAUCUCACUUGCUAUAGUGAAAAAGCUGGGCAUGUGGGCACUCGCCAUUACUCAUGCUGGAGCCUACAUUUUCAACGGAGGAAGCUUAAAUACAUAUCUUGAUACAUUUAGUAAGCAUGAAGGCGAGAUAAUGCGACAAGACGUCCUGAAAGAAAGGAAUUAUUUGCUGCCAACGUACACUGCGUUCGAUUUAUCGUUCCAACAACUACCAGAGAAGUCUCAGGAAUUUAUGAAACUCGUUGCGUUCCUUCAUUAUACGUCUAUACCACAGGAGCUAUUCCAGAGAUCUACGACCGCUGGCUUCUGCGCACACAUCGUGAUGGAAGGUCAAGCCUCACCAGAUAGGGAUAAGCAGAUAAUAUUAUACCUCACAGAACUACUUGGAUCGGAAUGGAAUGAAGUCGCAUUUCAAGACAUAGUCAAUUCGGUUUGCCGGGCAUCAUUCCUUCAUAUAUCCAGAGACGACGCAGGAAACAUAUUCUACGGCCUUCACACACUUCUUCAAGCCUACAUCAGGGAUCUUGUCAACAACUGUCAGGAUCACUACGCACUGGCAGCCGAACAGCUCCUUCUUGGAGCAAUACGUCCCUUGUCGGAACAAGAGAGCAAUGCCUGGUACUGGCACUUAGUGCCUCAUAUCAGCGCUUUACCGGCAGUAAAGAGACCUAAAAACAUAGCUCAUGCGUUAGCGUUUGAUAUGGUCCAUCGAACUGUUGGAAGCUGGAAUGCAAGUCGAGAAACAUUGGAGCAUUGUCUCCCUCAACUUUCGCAAGCUUUAGGGCCACAACACCCAAAUACGAUCUGGGUGAUGCGUCAGCUAGGCUAUGCUCUACGAGAGUGUGGCCAAUGGGAAGAGGCGACGAACAUCCAACAGAAGGUUGUAGAGCUCCAAAUAACAAGUCUCGGACAAAAACAUCCCGAUACUAUCAAAGCAAUGGGCGACUUAGCAUGGACUACGCAUAAGCUAGGCAAACUGGAGGAGGCAGAAAAAAUGGGGCGAGAAGUGCUGAGCUUGCAACAGGAAGUGCUUGGUCAGCAAAAUCCCGACACGAUCCAAACAAUGCAUAACCUUGCGGCAACAAUGCAAGCACUCGAUAAGCUGGAUGAGGCAGAGGAGAUGCAACGAGUGGUGUUGGAUGUGCGAAGACAGACCCUCGGACCCAAACAUUCGGACACGGUUUGGGCAAUGAGCAACCUCGCGCUGACAUAUCUUAUCCGUGGUCGAUUGGAGGAGGCCGAGAGUAUGCAACGACAGGUCCUGGAAUUAAGGCUGGAGAUUCUCGGUCGAAGACACCCCCAGACACCUCUUGCCAUGAACAAUCUUGCCCAAACCUUGACGAGCCGUGGUUUGCUCGAGGAAGCUGAGAAAAUGCGCCGAGAAUCGGUGAAGCUUCGGAUAGACAUCCUUGGACGACAACACCCAGCGACCUUGAGAGGAAUGCACGGUCUUGGGAUGACCCUACAGUGUUGCGGGUCAUGGGAGGAGGCGGAGGGACUGCUACAAGAGGUGCUCGAUGUCCAAGAGCGAAUCCUAGGACACAGACACCUAGAUACAAUUAGUACAAUGCACAGUCUCGCGGGGGUCAUGCGGCAACGCGGGAAGUUAGGUGCAUCCAAGCCGUUUGUCCUUGAGCCGCAUCACAUUUGGUGGACUGCACUCGUCACUCUCGUCUUUCCCUACGCCGAAUUGUACAGUCCAGAAUUUGUACUCAACGUCCUCCAAGUUCUCUUUAGAGAAACACUUGAUGUUCGCCCAGCUAGUUGGGAACAGAUCAUCCUCGAUGUUUGUAAGGAAGAGUGUGGACGAAAGUCACGAGAGGGCGAGGUACUCGACUUUCGGGUGAUCCUCCAUCGCUAUGCACAUAAACUCAAAGAUCCUAUGUCUGUUCACAAACUAAUGAUGGAGGAAUCGAAGAAGAUUGGCCUUGCUGGGGCACAGCCGGGUGAACGUUUCGUCGCAACUAAACGAUCGUGGUUUGGUAUAUACCUCCGACGAUGUCGUUUGGCAUACAUGAAGCUGUCCGAAGCGGCACUAACUAGGCUACACAAGGCUCUUAUGGAGUGGCUAGACGGCGAGUCUAUCUCUUACGACUUGAGCACAGAAAUCGUCGAGGAACCUGGGUAUAAUCUUAUACCUACAUUCCUAGAUAGUGCCAAUCCGGGUACGACAGACUCGUACGAAUGCUUCGAGUACGAUGCCCAUGUCGGAGACGUUGCGGGAGCCGUAGACAAUCUCCGACGCUACUUUGACCAAAGAUUCACGCCUGGAAAGCAGCCUCCCAGACAACACGUUCUGAAUGCACUCGUGCACUAUUCACUGACAUCAGGCGAAGUCGAAAUGGCCCGGCUGAUGUGCAGUGAGGCAAUGAACAUUGCACGUACCGUUCGAGAUCGAAGGGCUUUGAUGGACGUAACGAGCCUCGCGCGACGACUACCUCUAAAGGCGCUCCCUACAUUUCAUGACGAUUUGGAUGAUUCUCGAAGGCGGCAAGCACUAGUUGAACGAGAUGCUGAGCAGGCGAAGCUGAACCCUCAACGGUAUACGGUAAUUCAGCAAGGCACAUCGCCACUAGACUUGCUAUUUGAUAUCCGACUUGGGAUCAAUGCGGGCGAGUCCAUCUCAUUUCUCUUCCGCAAAUGCUUUGAGGCAAUAGGGGCAUUUGAUUUGCCACCCGAGUUGCAUAUUUGGCCACUAGAUAUUCAAUGGGAGAUUUACGCGGUUGAUGCGACGCUAUGGCGGUUAGCCGGACACGCGACUGUGGCGGAGAUAGGAGACGACAUUGUCCUCAGAAAUACAAAACCUGGGACGGAGAUCCGGUUGUACACUCUCUGCGCCCGAGCGCGUCAAUUCUUCCAACAGGGUCAGUAUGUCAAGGCAUUUGCAACGCUCUUCGACGGUGAAACUUGGUCGCAUCUGGGCCUUGUGCAAUAUCAGUACUGGUCGAACGAAGUUUGGCAUCUGAUGUGGGACCUCGCUACUCGACGAUGUCAAGAAAAUUUCAAAAGACAGUUUCUAGAACCCAGAAAGCCCAAGGUAUCACCCUUUGAGACGGCAGAAACCGGCAAAAAGUCGCCCGAAGCCAUUCGGAAGCUGAUUGUUGAAGCAAGCAAGGCAUUGACUGCACGAGAUAUUACGCGGGCAACCAUGAUGAUCAUUGACGCGCUACACUAUGCAGAGGUCAACCACUAUUGGUAUCUCUAUCGUUCUGCCGUCCCUGUUUUUGCGGAUCUCGAGCUGCAGAGGGGGAAAAUCCAAUCGGCCCGCCAUGUCUUGGAGCAGAUUCUUCCUCAGGUGGCCAGAGGAGAGGAUUUGGAGCAGCGUGCUCUCGUGUACACGAUCUAUGCAAAGGUGAAAAUGGCGCAGAGCAAAUCCGGUGGUCGUGUACUCUUGGAAGACGCGAUUGUUGAUCUGAAAAAGGCAGAAGCUGAUUACAUGAUUCUGGAGAUGCACGCCUCAGUUCAAGAUGUGCUUUACCUUCAAGCCAUCGUCUACGAAGCACUUGGAGAUGUUGUCGAGCGAGAUGGCGCUAGUAGGGACCUGAUCAAAGUGGAAGAACUGGAGAAGAUGAUGAUGCAGGAGCUCGACACGGAGAUGAUAGAACUGUGGGACAUUGGUUUCCGCUACGUUUGCCACGAUUUGGACCAGACCUCUACCAGCUUGUCAAUGGCGACGCUUACUUCACACAACAGUGCAAAUGCUUCCGUCAAGCGCAUCCUUCGCGAGGCGCGAGAGAUCCAGGCAGACCCCUCGACGGAAUUCACAGCCGGACCUUUAGAGGAUAAUCUAUUCGACUGGCAUUGUACACUGAGAGGACCAAAGGACACAGAAUUCGAAGGCGGACUCUACCACGUCAGGAUCACGCUCCCCCCUCAGUAUCCCUUUAGACCCCCAUCCCUCCGGGUCCUCACUCCUAGCGGUAGAUUCGAGGUGGAUACACCCGUCUGCAUUAGCUUCACCAACUAUCAUGAAGAGCUAUGGCAGCCCGCGUGGGGUAUCCGAACUGCCAUUAUCGGACUGCAGGGCUUUUUCCCCGUGAGCGGGUCAAAUGCGCUCGGUGUUGGUUCAUUGAAUGCACCUCCACAAGAACGCAAACGACUGGCGGCAUUAUCCCGAGAAUGGAAAUGCCCACACUGCAACCAGAAGAAUAUAGAAAUGCUUCCAGACCCUGUCGAGACACCGAAACAAGAAGACGGUGCGAGUUUGACCGAGUCUGUCGAAACUCCAAAGGCGAGCCUGGGACCCAAUGUAGCGCGACAAGAUAAAGUCCAGGCUCCCAACCAUAUUGCUAUCCCUGCAUUUUCUUCCACAUUACCACCCAAUACCCUAUCCACGACCACCGAAGCGAAUGCCACUGCCCUCUCCCUGCAACCUUCGACCCCGGCGCGUAACAUCUCCAUCUUUGAGCUCGGUCCGAAACCUGUGGCGCUGCCUUCCAACGACCCGGCACGUCAUGGUGAGGAGAAUGGCGCGCGAGCGUCAGGGGACAAGUCGGACACGCCACAGCAGCACCAAGUGCAGGCGUUCCCAGCGUUUCGCGAUUCGGGGGUCGAAGGCGUUCCCAUCUGGCUCGACAGUGCAAUCUGGAUACUGACGGCGUUGCUGGGAGGUAUCGUGAUCCACAGAGUCAUGUUCUAG